AUGUACCCAGUACUUGCAGUAGCAAAUCGUAUCUACGCAUCAAAUUACCAGACACAUCCGGUGUUGACUCUAUCGAGCAUCAAUGCCGUAUUAGCUGGCCUGGCGGAUGUACUGGCUCAGUCGAUUACUUUGUAUGAAUCUCGGGAAGCAAAGAGUGGGGGACACAGCGUACUCGUCGAUAAACAUGUACGAGAAGGGUCGAAUAAUGACGAGAUGUCAAUAGGAAACGUUCGAAUAUCCCUGGAGGACAGAUCCUUUGAUCCAUAUAGACUAAUGCGGUUGUCAACAUACGGCUUUGCCAUAGCUCCUGUUGUUCAGAAGUGGUUUUCAGUACUUGACCGACGAUUUCCCAUACCGACGCAAAACGUCGGGUUGAACCAUACGAUGAAGCACACUAUGAGCGCGGUCGCCAAGCGCGUUGCCGUUGAUCAGAUAUUUUUUGCUCCUUUCGGGUUGGCGUUGUUCUUUUGUGCGAUGGGAGCUAUGGAAGGUCAUAGCGUCGAUAAGAUCAAAGAAAAGUUUAGGGUAUCAUUUGUUCCCGCUCUGAAAGCCAACUAUUGUUUAUGGCCUCUCGCACAAGUUAUCAAUUUUAGAUUUAUGCCAUUGAGAUAUAGAGUACCUUUUGUUGGCGUAACGGGUGUUUUAUGGACGGGAUAUUUAAGUUUGUUAAAUAGCAUGACUAGUGAUGUUCAUUGA